CACGAAGCGGGCCGGCUGCUUCAGGGGACGGAUAGCUACGUGGCCAGGGGUUCAGGCCGCCGCUCCCGUUCGCUGGCCCCCAGCGCGCCUCGGGAGCGGAGGCAGGGGGGUGUCCCUCAGCGUACCCUGGAAUAGUGCGGUGGGGAUGGCGCCGAGCAGCUCCCGUGUAAAGCUGAGAUACCGGCUGUCACCCACGUGCGUUUUGCUGGCCAGAAGCAAUGGAUGUCCCCUGUGACUGAGUCCUUGCAUGAGUGUUUUGAAGAUGAAACAGUGCAUAAGCUCUUAAAGCGCACCACCUGAGGACAUCGCUACCGACAUGGACAUCAUUAUUUAUUUACAGAUGCUGUAAUCAGGAGGAGCUUUUUUGUAAACAUGAAUUGCUGGGCUCUUUCCUUGAGGUGUCGUUUCUUGUUUCAUGCUAUUGAAACAUUAAUUUUAACUUAUUAUGACUCCUUUGUGUUGGUCAGCUCUCAGGGACAUUUCCCUAGGCUUGAAAAUGUGGGAGCUUUCAAGAAUGUGUCAACCGUGCCAACUCAAGCCACUUGUGGGCUGCCACACCGAAGUACUUUUUGUCAUAGCUCAGUAGCAGUUGAAAGUAUUAUGUCCUGUACCCAGAGGUUUUGUGUUCAGGAGUGUCCAUACAGGUCAUCGCCUUCUUCCUACAAACUGCUUCUUUCAGAAGGCCUUGGUACCUGUAUCACAGAGGACAAAAGGGACUUGCAGCCAGGGUCCUUCAGCAACGCUUCCAGUUUCAUUUUUCAUAAUCACAAGGAUUGCUUCUCUACUCCCCGUUCUCUGAGGCUUGCAGCUUCGUUUACGUUAACUGUAUGGUUGAAACCUGAGCAAGAAGGUGUAAUGUGUGUGAUAGAAAAGGCUAUUGAUGGGCAGACUGUGUUCAAACUCACAAUCUCUGAGAAAGAGACCAUGUUUUAUUAUCGCACAGUAAAUGGUUUGCAGCCACCAAUAAAAGUAAUGACACUGGGGAGAAUUCUUGUGAAGAAAUGGAUUCAUCUUAGUGUGCAGGUGCAUCACAGCAGAAUUAGUUUCUUCUUGAAUGGCUGGGAAGAUGACAACACACCUUUUGAUUCAAGGAUUCUUGUGGGAACAGUUGCAGAUACAGACGCUGAUGGUACUCUGAAAAUUGGACAAAGCUUCACGGGUUUAGAGCAAUUUGUUGGAAGAAUGCAAGAUUUUCGAUUUUACCCAGUGGCACUUACAAACAGAGAUAUUUUGGAAGUAUUCUCUGGAAAAUUUCCUCAUCUGCAUACCCAGUCUGAGUGCCGCUGUCCUGGAAGUCAUCCCCGGGUACACCCAUUGGUACAGAGGUACUGCAUCCCUAAUGGUGCAGAUGAUACCACUAAUGACAGAGUGUUGAGGUUGAAUGCAGAAGCCCAUCCUCUGUAUUACAUCAAUGAUGAUGACAUUGGGACCACCUGGAUUUCAUCUGUGUUUGCUAAUACUGCAGGUCUGGAUCAUGGUAUUUCAAUCACAAUAGAUUUACAAAAUGGACAGUAUCAGGUAUUCUAUAUUAUACUGCAGUUCUUUAGCCCACAGCCUGAAGCAAUACGAAUUGAAAGGAAAAAAAGAGAUGAUCUAAACUGGGAAGACUGGCAGUAUUUUGCUAAAAAUUGCAGUAUUUUUGGGAUGGAUAACAAUGGAUCUCUGGAACAACCAGACUCUGUCAACUGUCUCCAGCUUCCUAGCUUUACACCAUAUUCCCGUGGUAAUCUAACUUUUAGUGUUCUUACCCCGGAACCAAAUCACCGACCUGGUUACAAUGAUUUUUACAAUACUCCAUCUCUCCAAGAGUUUGUAAAAGCUACACAAGUGAGGAUUCAUCUCCGUGGCCAGUAUCAUACUAAUGAGUCUUGGGUAAAUUUUAGGCAUAGAUACUAUGGAGUUAAUGAAGUUACAGUCAGUGGAAGGUGUAAUUGCCAUGGCCAUGCUGAUAAUUGUGACACAGCUAUGGAACCGUAUAGGUGCCUGUGCCUCAAGGAAAGCUAUACAGAAGGAAAUAAUUGUGAUCGCUGUUUGCCAUUGUACAAUGACAAGCCUUUUCGUCCAGGUGACCAAGUUCAUGCCUAUAAUUGCAAACCUUGUCAAUGUUACAGUCAUGCGGUAAGCUGCCACUACGAUUUUGCAGUGGACCCUUUUCCUCAGGAGCACUACAGAGGCAGUGGUGGAGUGUGUGAUAACUGUCAACACAACACAGCUGGAAGGAACUGUGAGCUGUGCAAGGAUUUCCAUUACAGACAAGCAGGUGCAGAUCUUUCAGCCGUUGAUGUUUGCAAACCCUGUGACUGUUAUGCAACAGGCACCAAAAAUAAGAGCCUCCUGUGUGAUAAUAUUGGAGGCCAGUGUAAUUGUAAGAGACAUGUGUCUGGCAGACAAUGCAAUCAGUGCCAGGAAGGAUUCUACAAUCUACAACAGUCAAACCCUGAUGGCUGCAGUCCCUGUAACUGUAAUACCUCUGGGACAGUCAAUGGAGAUAUUACCUGUCACCAAAAUUCAGGCCAGUGCAAGUGCAAAGCAAAUGUUAUUGGUCUUAGGUGUGAUAGUUGCAAUUUUGGUUUUAAAGCUCUCAGAUAUUCUAAUGAAGAUGGAUGCGAGCCUUGUUGGUGCAACAGCCACGGCUCAGUGAACCAGUUCUGCAACCCUCUCUCUGGGCAGUGCAGUUGUAAAGAACGAGUGAAAGGGCUUCACUGUGACACGUGCAUGGACAACUUUUAUGGGCUGGAUGUAACUGGUUGUAAGGCUUGUGAAUGUAACAUUGCGGGGUCAUUUUCUGGAACUGUGUGUGAUGCGAAGACAGGGCAAUGUGCGUGUAAACCAAACAUUGGAGGAAGACAAUGCAACCAGUGCCUAGAUGGCUACCACAAAGUACAGGAAAAUCUUUCCUUUGUUUGUCUGCCAUGUAACUGUGAUAAGGCAGGUACAGUAGAUGGCUCUCUGCUUUGUGACAAAUCAACAGGACAGUGUCCUUGCAAAGCUGGUGUAACUGGCCUUCAGUGCAGUCGGUGCAUGCUUCAUAUGUACAACCUCAGCAUGAGCAACCUCCUCGGCUGCCAGCGUUGUGACUGUGAUGCUCUGGGCACAUUGGCAGGAACAGUUUGUGACCACAUUUCUGGACAGUGUGUAUGUUUGCCUCAGCGUCAGGGAAGAAGGUGUAAUGAGUGUAAACCAGGUUUUUAUUUUUCUCCAUCCAGUGUCACUGGCUGUCUGCCAUGCCUGUGCCACAUAGCUGGUUCAGUGAAUCAGAUCUGUGAUAAACUAACUGGCCAAUGUAUUUGCCAAGAUGCCUCUGUAACGGGACAGACAUGUGAACGUUGCAAAGAACUUUAUUUUGGAUUUGACUCUGUCACAGGGAGAUGUCAGCACUGUAAUUGUCAUCCUGCAGGAGCCAUUAGUGGAACUUGUCAUCUUGUUACUGGACAGUGUGUUUGUAAACAAUUUGUAACUGGCUUGAAAUGUGACAACUGUGUUCCCGAUGCUAGUAAUUUGGAUGUCCACAACCUGUUUGGCUGCAGUAAAACUCCAUUCCAGCAACCUCCUCCUACAGGAGAAGUUGUCAAUUCCUCUGUUAUCAGUCUUUCAUGGAGUUCCCCUGACUCUCCAAAUUCUAACAGGCUUACUUACCAACUGUAUAGGGAUGAGAUUGAAAUUUAUACAACUGAAGACUACCACCCUUAUAGUGUUCAGACCUUUACUGAUACCAUGUUAUCUCCGUAUACCUUCUAUUCCUAUUACAUCCAAGCCAGCAAUGUUCAUGGUUUUACAAAAAGUGCAUCAGUGACAUACAGAACACCGUCUGGGAUGCCUACAGGAAGCUUGCACUUAAAUCCUGUAUUUCCUGUUAGUCACCACUCUGUUUUACUUUAUUGGACAAGCCUCUCCAAUGACUCUGGGCCCAUAGAGAAAUACAUUUUGACAUGUACUCGCUUGGUUGAUCUUCAGCCUUGUGGUCAGUAUGAAGGCUUAAAAACUUCAGCCAUUAUUUGGAAUCUCAUUCCGUUUACAAAGUAUGUUUUUUCUGUGCAAGCUUGUACUAGUGGAGGCUGUUUAAAGAGCCAGCCAGUAACAGUAAUUACUGCACAAGCUCCUCCAGAAGGGCUACAGCCACCGGUAAUAGAAACCAUCAGCUCUACAGAACUGGCUGUGGAAUGGUCACCACCUGAGAAUCCAAAUGCCCCACUGUUCAUGCCGUCUCCACUGGUAGUCCCUCUUUCACCAUAUUCCCUCAAUGUGUCAUGGGAAAAACCUGAAGAUAAUUUAGCAAGAGGAGAAGUGAUGGGAUACAGCAUCAGUUUGGUGACUGAGCAAAGUUUCUUGCCACCAUUUUCCCAGGUUUUGCAUAUAGCUGAGGCUCAUGAGCUAUCCUAUGUAGCGACGGGAUUAAAACCUUACAGGACGUACAACUUUACUGUUACUCUCUGCAAUCAGAUUGGUUGUGUAACCAGUGAGCCAGGCAUGGGGCAAACCUUGGCAGCUGCUCCAAGAAAACUUAGAGCCCCUCGUGUUGAAGGAAUAAACAGCACAAUGGUAAAGAUAAAUUGGAACGAACCUGAAGAACUUAAUGGGCCUUCUCCCAUCUACCAGGUGGAAAGGAUGGAUUCAUCUUUAGCUACAUUUAAUACGGAAGUAAUGAAAGGGAUCCGUUUCCCAGGAAAUGGAUAUUACAGAUUCACUAGUUCCACUCUCCCUGCCAAUACUUACUUUACAGGUAUUAAAGUGAAAUUUAGAACCCAGGAACCUGAUGGUUUGAUUUUUUUCUCUGCAUCACCUGGGAAUCAGGAGGAAUACAUUGCUCUUCAACUGAGGAGUGGGCGUCCUUACUUUCUUUUUGAUCCACAGGGAUCUGCAGUAGCAGUCACUCCAACUAAUGAUGGUGGAAAAGAGUACAAUGAUAACAGUUGGCACCAAAUAAUUGCUACAAGAAUUCAAGCACUAGGAAACAUCACAGUGGAUGGGCAGUACACAGGUUCUUCCUUAGCAACUAGUGGCAGUACCAUUAUUGGUGAGAACACAGGAGUAUUUGUUGGAGGACUUCCACAGGAUUAUACUGUUGUAAGAAAGGAUGUAGGGAUGAAGAUGAUAGUCCAGAAGGGAUUUGUGGGAUGUCUCAGUGACAUAUUUUUGAAAAAAACACACACUCCCUUUGAAAACUGGGAGUAUUUGAACUGGCAGGAUGCUGAAGAGCAAAACAACGUCUAUCACGUUUGGGAAGGAUGCCCCAUUGUCCUCUCCAAAGGAGCACAUUUUCUUGGCAAAGGCUUCCUGGAACUGCAUUCAGGUGUUUUUAGUGGUGGACUGGAAUUUGAGAUCUCAUUCAAAUUUAGAACAGAUCAACUGAAUGGAUUGCUUUUGUUUGUUUACAAUAAAGAUGGCCCAGAUUAUCUUGCAAUUGAACUGAAAAGUGGAAUAUUAAACAUCUUUUUAAAAACUGGCAUUAUCUUUACACAAGUGGAUCUCUGGUUAGGACUGUCGUAUUGUGAUGGAAAGUGGAACAAAGUCACAGUGAACAAGGAGGGCUCCGUAGUUUCAGCAAGUAUGAAUGAACUGAGAGAGCAGACGCUGGAACCCCGUGUUCAGCAGUUGAAAGUAAACUCACCUGUCUACGUAGGAGGAAUUCCACCUGAGAUUCAGAAUUUUUUUAAAGAACUGGGAUUAGAACAAGGUUUCGGUGGUUGCUUGAAGGAUGUUAAAUUUACACGAGGUGCUGUCGUUAACUUGGCAUCUGUGUCCAGCAGUGCUGUCAGAGUCAAUCUGGAUGGAUGCCUAUCAACUGACAGUGCUGUUAACUGCAGGGGAAAUGACUCCAUCCUUGUAUACCGAGGAAAAGAGCAGAGUGUUUAUGAGAGCGGUCUACAACCAUUUACAGAAUACCUUUAUAGAGUGGUUGCCUCAAAUGAAGGAGGAUCAGUAUCUAGUGUAUGGACCCAUGUUCGUACAAGAGAAUCAGUUCCACAAAAUGUGCCAACUCCCUCAAGAGUUCACAGUAUAAAUGGUUACAGCAUUGAGGUCACCUGGGACAAACCUGCUGGGGUCAUAGGUGUAAUUGAGAAGUACAUUUUGAAAGCAUAUGAAGAGGAUGGUCCCAGUGUACCCAUCGCUAGUGCUGAGCUUGCUGACACUAGUAUGCUCACAGGCAUAUUGACAGGCUUACAUCCCUUCACAAACUAUGCUGUAACCCUAACUGCUUGCACUUUGGCUGGCUGUACUGAGAGCUUGCAUGCAUUGAACAUCUCCACUCCACAAGAAGCCCCUGAAGAUGUGCAACCACCCACAGCAACAUCCUUUCCCACAUUCCUGAUGAUGAAUUGGAGUCCACCCAAAAAACCAAAUGGUAUUAUUACACAAUAUACUUUGUAUAUGAAUGGAGUACCAAUUUACUCUGGAAAUGGAACUAAGUAUGUUGUAAAAGAUUUAGCAGUUUUUACGCCACACCAGUUUCUGCUCACUGCGUGCACGCUUGCUGGCUGUACAAACAGUUCCCAGGUCACCUUGUUUACAGCACAGCUGCCACCAUCUCAUGUAGAUGCCCCGCUCCUGAUGGUUUUGGAUUCUAGAACAAUAUAUGUACAAUGGAAAGAACCAGCAGAAGUAAAUGGAAUCCUAGAUCGUUACAUAAUUUAUAUUGCCAACAAUGAGCAGAAUUUUACAAAGUGGAAUGUAAUCUAUAACAGCACAGAACUUUUUCUGGAUUUUACUAUUCAGCAGCUUUUCCCGGGUACUGAAUACCUCAUAAAACUAGCUGCUUGCACGGGAGGUGGAUGUUCAAUAAGUGAAGCUAGCACAGCUAUAACAGAUGAGAGUACACCAGAAGGUGUUCCUGCUCCAAAAGCCCAGUCAUAUUCAUCUGAGUCCUUUAACAUCUCAUGGACUAAGCCUGAGUAUCCGAAUGGUGUUAUUACUAGCUAUGGAUUGUAUAUGGAUGGUGUUCUGAUGCAAAAUUCAUCACAGCUAAGUUGUUAUGCUUAUGGACUUCCUCCUUGGAGUCUGCAUUCCUUCAGAGUCCAGGCGUGUACUGCAAAAGGCUGUGCUUUUGGUCCACUGGUAGAAGCUCGGACCAUGGAAGCUUUCCCCGAGGGAACAGUUGAUAUAUUUGCUACUGUUGAUGGGUCCAAAGAAGUUCAGUUAAAAUGGCUUGCCCCAGAUAAACCUAAUGGAAAAUUGACCUACACAGUCCUUGUCACCGGUCUCUUCUAUGCUGAUCAAGCUAAUGCUAAUUAUUCUAUUGUAAAUGGUACUCGGAUGUUAUGCAGCAGCAACGAAUCCAAUGUAUGGGUACCUAUUAAAGGACUGAUUCCAUUUUCUAACUACACAGUACAAGUGAAUGCUUCCAACAGCCAGGGCAGCUUGAUAAGUGAUGCUAUAACAGUAGUCAUGCCUCCAGGAGCUCCAGAUGGUGUGAUGCCUCCAAGGCUUUCAUCUGCCACUCCGACCAGUCUUCAGGUUGUCUGGUCUACACCAGUUCGCAACAACGCCCCAGGCGCACCCAGCUACGGACUCCAGAUGCGGCGGAGGCAUUCUGCUGGUGACAUUUUAGAUUUGCUUUCCAGCCCUACUGCUUCCUUACAACACAGGGUCGGAGAUCUUCAGCCACAUACUGAGUAUGAGAUGAGAGUGGUUGCCUCCAAUGGUUAUGGCAACGCUUAUAGCAACUGGACUGCAAUGACUACGGCAGAAGACAAACCUGGACCUUUAGAUCCACCACUUCUUUUGAAUGUUACGGCAAGGGCAGCAAGCAUCACCUGGCAGCAUCCUUUAAAGCCAAAUGGCAUCAUCACUCAUUAUAAUAUUUACCAAAAUGGCCAACUGCAUGAUACAGUGCUAGGAACCAGAUCUAAUUGCACUCUAGAAGACUUGCAUCCUUUCACUGUCUAUGUGUUUCAGGUAGAAGGAUGCACUUCUAAAGGAUGCUCUCUUUCAACUGAGACCCCAGCAAUACAGACUCUUCCUGAUGCACCUGAGGAUAUUCCUGCUCCAGAGCUGUAUUCUGAUACUCCAACUUCUGUGGUCAUAUCCUGGCAACUACCUGUUCACACAAAUGGUUUGGUGGAAAAUGUUACAAUAGAAAGGAGAGUGAAAGGAACUGAACAAAUAUCAACUGUAGUGACUCUCCCUCUCAGUCAGUCCAUGAGCUACAUUGACCAGAGUACUGCUCUGAGCCCUUGGCAGAAAUUUGAAUACAGGAUACUGAUGAGCACGCUUCAUGGAGGCACGAACAGCAGCGCGUGGUCAGAAGUUACCACUAGACCAUCAAGACCUGCUGGUGUUCAGCCACCUGAUGCAGAAGUGUUGGGACCACAUUCAGUUAAGGUCUCAUGGAAACCUCCUCUGAUACAGAAUGGUGAAAUCCUGAACUAUGAAAUUCGCAUGCCUGAUCCAAGAAUUGUCAUUAUUGGGAACACUUCAUCAACAUUAAGUCAUUUGGUGACUAAUCUUAUACCCUAUACAAACUACUCGGUCACUGUAAUAGCUUGUUCUGGAGGUGAUGGCUUUCUAGGAGGCUGCACAGAGAGUUUGCCUACAAGUGUGACUACACCUUCAACAGUUCCUCAGAGCGUUAGUCCAUUGUCUGUGACUCCAAUCAGCGAGUCCUUUAUUGCCAUUUCUUGGCAACCACCACUAAGGCCGAAUGGUCCUCAUCUGAGAUAUGAGCUCCUGAGACGUAAAAUCCAGCAACCACUUGCAUCAAAUCCCCCUGAAGAUUUAAAUCUGUGGCACAAUAUUUACUCAGGAACUCAGUGGUUUUAUGAAGAUAAGGGUCUUAGCAGGUACACAACAUAUGAGUACAAGCUCAUAGUGCACAACGAGGUAGGAUAUACAUCAAGUGAAGGAGUGAUAGCUACUACAUUAGCAGGAUUACCAGAGAAAGGAAGCAUCCUCAUUGCACGUGCUGUUAAUCAUACCGCUGUAGAAGUGGAAUGGUCAAAACCAACACUACAAGAUUUGCAAGGAGAUGUUGCAUAUUACACACUUUUCUUGAAUUCUACUGAUGAUGGAAGAUCUCUAAGGAUCCAGGCUGAUGUAAACUCUAUAGUCAUAGGUGAUUUGCAGCCCAACACAGAGUAUCAGAUAUUUUUUCAAGUUUUUAAUGGAGCCCACAGCAUCAACAGUGAAGUUGUGCAUGUGACUACCUCAGAUGGAGAGCCUGAGGGCAUGUUCCCUCCAGAGGUUGUCAUCAUCAACAGUACAGCUGUACGUGUCAUCUGGACAUCGCCUUCAAACCCGAAUGGUGUUGUCACAGAGUACUCCAUCUAUGUAAAUAAUAAGCAGCACAAGACUGGAAUGAACGAGCCGGGGUCCUUUCUUUUAACAGCUUUGUCUCCAUUCACUGUAUAUGAUAUACAGAUUGAAGCCUGCACAGUGUAUGCCUGUGUGAGAAGCAAUGGGACCCAGAUUACAACUGUGGAAGAUGAGCCAAAGCAGCUGUCAGCACCCAUUAUUCACAUAAUUGGCUCAAGAUCUCUUCAGAUCAACUGGGCAUCACCAGAACAGCCAAAUGGCAUUAUCCUGGGAUAUGAACUCUUACGUAAAGUGUGGCAGAGGUGUACCACAUCAAAGACUCCAAAGAGCAGCAAAAGUAAUAGAAUGUGCAUCUCAUUAGAAUGUGAAAAGCAUGAAAAUAUCUGUGGAGAAGUGUGUUAUCAUCCAGAGUUGAAGGUAUGUUGUAAUGGGAUUCUGCACGACAAUAAACCUGGCUUCCAAUGCUGUGAGGACAAGUACAUUCCAUUUAUUCUUAAUUCACCAGGGGUUUGCUGUGGUGGUCAGAUACAUGCUGUGAAACCGAAACAUUGGUGCUGUGGUGGUUAUUACACUAGGGUAUUAGUAGGAGAAGUGUGUUGCCCUAACAAAGAGCAAAACAGAGUUUCAGUUGGAAUUGGUGACUCUUGCUGCCAGGGAAUGCCAUACUCCACAUUGGGCAAUCAAAUCUGCUGUGCCGGAUCCCUCCAUGACAGUUUCAAUCAGCAGUGCUGUGGGGGAGAAGUUAUAAGCACGGACUUGGUCUGUUGUGGCAAUGAAGAAGCAGGGACUGCACACAAACCUCUCACAGGGAUGUACUGUUGUGGGCAGGAAUAUGUGAAUAAGUCAGAUACCAUAUGCUGCUCAGGUUCCAGUGGUGAGUCCCUAGCACAUGUUAGAAAGAAUGACCAAGUGCCAGUAAAAUGCUGUGAGACUGAACUUAUUCCAAAGAGCGAAGAAUGCUGUAAUGGAGUUGGAUAUAAUCCUUUGAAAUAUGUUUGCUCUGACAAGAUUUCAGCUGGAAUGAUGAUGAAGGUAAAAGAAGAAUGUAAGGCUAAUAUCAUUUGCCCUUUAUCUAUGGAGGCAACAGCAAACUGUGGAAAGUGUGACUUUGAUCCUAGUGAGAAUAUCUGUGCAUGGAUAAAAGGUUCACAGAGUGCUACAGAAAAGGAGCUAAAGGAAGGUGUGUGUCCAGCUGAAGAGGAGACUGUCUACACAGGAAAUCCAAACCAGUAUUCAUUUACAGACCUGAACCUUGAACCUUUUAUUGCAUAUGAGUACAGAGUGGCUGCUUGGAAUAGCUACGGAAAAGGCUUCAGUGAAAUUAGCAGAGCUGUAACUAAGCAAGAUGCGCCACAGGGUGUAAGUCCACCAAAAUGGGCCAAAGUGGAUAAUCGGGAAGACAUGAUACAUCUGAACUGGGAGGAACCUCUUCAACCAAAUGGUCUUAUUAUUCACUAUAUCAUUCUCCGAAAUGGAAUUGAGCGUUUUAGAGGAACAGAAAUGAGCUUCACAGACACAAGUGGCAUCCAGCCAUACCAAGAAUAUUCAUACCAGCUGCGAGCCUGCACUGUUGCUGGUUGCACAGACAGCAGCAAGGUAGUUGCAGUCACUGUCCAAGGAGUCCCAGAGAGUGUUCAGCCACCAGACGUCAGUGCUUUGAACUCAACAGCAUUACAUUUAAGCUGGAUUGCACCCAAGAAACCAAAUGGUAUCAUCAGAGAGUACCAGAUCAGUCAAGUAGGGAAAGGACUUAUAUACACUGAUGCUGCAAGCAGAAUGCAGCACACAGUAUCAGGUCUGCAGCCAUACACUAGUUACAGCUUCAUGCUUACUGCAUGCACAGCUGCAGGGUGUGCUUCUAGCAAACCACGUUCAGGUCAAACUUCACAAGCUGCUCCUCUUGGGGUAUGGCCAAAACCUCAUCAUAUAAUAGUCAGCUCAACAGAAGUGGAAAUCUACUGGAGUGAACCAAAGAAACCAAAUGGACUCAUUACUCAGUAUCGACUUUUUCGUGAUGGAGAACAGAUUUUCCUGGGUGGCAAUACAGACCUGAAUUUCACAGAUGUCAACCUGCAGCCUAACAGUAGAUAUGUUUACCAGCUGGAAGCCAGCACUUGGGGUGGCAGAAACACUAGUGAUAAAUAUGUUAUACAAACACCAGUAGAAACACCAGAGAAAAUUCAUGUCCCAUAUAAUGUCACAGUAAUUGAUGCAUAUUCUAUAUUUCUAGCUUGGGACGUGCCAGGGAUAUUCAUUGCCAGGGUGCCUUUGGAAUACAACAUCUUACUAAAUGCGAGCAGUCCCACUCUACUGGUGAAGCCAGUAGGACACGCACAUUUUGCUUUUGUCGAUGGCCUAGAUCCCUACACCCUGUAUGAGAUAAGAAUACAAGCAUGCCAGAAUGGUGGUUGUGGAGUGAGUGGUCAAAUAUAUUCAAGAACUGCUGAAGCACCUCCUAGAGAAUUGAGCCCACCUGUUGUUAAAGCAAUGGGAUCUGCACUCAUAGAAGUGAAAUGGGCACCACCUAAGAAACCAAACGGCAUCAUUACUAACUACUUUAUCCACAGACGUCCUUUGGGCACUCAAGAAGAGCUGCUUUUGUUCAUCUGGGCUAAAGGAGCUUUGGAAUUUAUUGAUGCAUCCGAUGCUUUACAGCCUUUUACUCUCUACGAAUAUCGUGUCAGAGCUCAAAAUGCUGUGGGGUCAGUGGACAGCCUGUGGGCUUCAACCCAAACUCUGGAGGCUUCCCCAGGGAGCAUGGAAGCCCCUUGGGCACAAGCAACAAGUGCAUACUCAGUGCGGUUGAACUGGACCCAGCCUGUCUCUCCCAAUGGUGUUAUAUCUCUGUAUCGAGUAGUCUAUCAAGAAAAACGCAGCGAUCCAACAUUUAGCAUCCCAGCUGUUACUGCACUAACUGUAAUGGGAACAAAGCAUCAGGCUCAUUUAUUUGGACUGAAACCUUUCACAACAUAUCAUAUUCAUGUCAUAGCUGUAAACAAUGCUGGGCAGGUUUCAAGCCCCUGGACAUCUGUGCGCACGUUGGAAGCUUCACCCAGUGGCCUGAGCAACUUCACUGUGGAAAAGAAAGAAAAUGGGAGGGCUCUGCUGCUGAAAUGGUCAGAGCCCUCCCAACCCAAUGGUGUGAUUAAGACCUACAAUAUUUUCAGCGAUGACAACCUGGAGUACAGUGGUUUAUCUCGCCAGUUCCUCUUCAGGCGCCUUGAGCCUUAUACUCUCUAUACCCUCGUACUGGAGGCUUGCAAUGCAGCAGGCUGCACUCAUUCUCCACCCCAGCCGAUAAGAACAGAUGAAGCACCCCCCGUGUCUCAGAUGGCACCUGUAAUCCAGUCAGUGAAUGCUACCAACGUUGAACUGAGCUGGUUGCAGCCAAUUAAUCCAAAUGGAAAAAUAAUUCGCUAUGAAGUUAUUCACAGAUGCACAAAAGAAAAUGCUGCAGGGUACAGAGCAACAACAGAAGAUGAGAAAAUUGUUUUCACAGAAUAUAACACUGAAAGUAAUACAUUCAUAUAUAAUGAUAAAGGUUUACAGCCAUGGACAAGGUAUGAAUAUAAAAUACGCACCUGGAAUGCAGCAGGCUAUGCUGACAGCUCCUGGACAGUGGCAAAGACUAGUCAAACUGCCCCAAAAGGUCUUGCUGCCCCCAGGUUAUCCUUGGCAUCAGUUAACCCCCGUAAAGUGCUCAUCUCGUGGGCCUCUCCGUCACAGCCCAAUGGUAUUCUUCAGUCAUACAGGCUGCUAAAGAAUGAUGUUCUCUAUCCUUUCAGCUUCGAUGCUGCUACUUUCAACUACACAGAUGAAGACUUACUGCCCUAUUCAAUGUACAGUUAUGCGAUAGUUGCUUGUACGAUGGGAGGCUGCUCUACUAGUGAACCAGCUGCAAUACAGACGCUGGAAGCAGCUCCUGCCAUAGUGGACCCACCAUCUCUGCAGGCUGUCAGUGCCACUCAGAUUAAUGCAUCUUGGGCACCUCCCCAGAUACAAAAUGGAGAUAUCACCAGGUAUAUAUUGAAAUUAAACAAUGAAGAGUAUUAUCCUGGCAAAAGUUUGCAAAUGUUGGUUUCUAAUCUACAGCCUUACACGCAGUAUGAUUUUGCAUUGGUUGCCUGUACUGCUGGGGGCUGCACGUCUAGCAUAUCCCAGUCAGUCAUGACCAUGGAGGCUCCACCAUUAAAUAUGGAAGCUCCCAGGCUGCUUGUCAUGGGCUCAGAGUCAAUUGAAAUCACAUGGAAACUUCCAGCCAACCCCAAUGGUAAAAUCACAAGCUACGAGCUAAGGAGGGAUGGUGUACUUGUUUACUCAGGUCUGGAAACUCGGUAUCUUGAUUUCACCCUAACACCAGGCAUGGAAUACAGCUACACUGUAACUGCAAAUAACAGUCAAGGGAGUGUGACCAGCUCAUCAGCUCAGAUAAAAACCAACCCCUCUGCUCCAUCUGGGAUGUUGCCUCCUAGGUUGCAGGCAUGGUCCUCAAAAGAGAUUUUGGUGGCCUGGGAUCCUCCUAUCAAAGUAAAUGGUGACAUUAAAAAUUAUACAAUCUCGAUCCACAAGCCUGCUGAAACAGGAAAGAAAACGGUUGACUUUGAUGCAUCUCAUGUUUCCUUUCUGAGACGAUCAUACAUAGUGGCAGAGCUACAACCCUACAGUAGGUAUGAAGUACAGCUCCAAGCCUGCACCGAGCUGGGCUGUGCCUCCAGUGAGUGGGCAUCAGUGCAGACGCUGGAGGCACCCCCGACAGCGCAGCCUGCCCCUCUCAUUGAAAUACAAACAACAGCUGGGGGCUUCCAGUUGACUUCUUCCAUCCUGUGGACUGGCCCACAGCAGCCAAAUGGGAAGAUUUUAUACUAUGAACUUUACAGAAGGCGAACAACUCAAGUCCACAUAAAUUUAGACCUUGCACUUGUUUACAAUGGUUCUUCAACCUCCUUCAAAGAUGACAAGUUGCUGCCUUACACAGAAUAUGAAUAUCAGGUGUGGUCGGUAAACUCGGCGGGCCGGACACCAAGCAGCUGGUCCCGCUGCCGUACGGGUCCUGCUCCUCCUGAGGGCCUGGGAGCUCCCCUCUUCAACACGGUGGCAUCCACUGUGGCUGUGGUGAACAUCAGCCCCCCUCUUAAGCCAAACGGGGUGGUCAGUAUCUACAGGCUGUUUUCUAAUGAUACCAGAGGGACCAAUGUGGUGCUGUCAGAAGGGACUGCCACCCAGCAGACAAUACAUGGGCUAAAACCUUUUACCACAUACUCCAUUGGUGUGGAGGCCUGCACCUGUUUCAACUGUUGCAGCAAAGGACCCAUGGCCCAAAUCACCACACAGCCAGCUCCACCCUCAGAGCAGCCCCCUCCACAGAUCCGCACCGUGACCUCCAGGAAUGCCUCUUUCCAGUGGAGUGGCCCCCAGUCACCCAACGGCAUUGUCACCAGCUAUGAGCUCCAUGUGUAUAUGGCUUGUCCCCUGAACCUACAGCCAGCAGUGAAGGCUUGCAGUCCUGGCCCAACUGAGGUGAGGUAUACAGGAAAAGGACAGAGUGCCAAUGUGUCCAACCUGGAGCCUUACACGACAUACAACCUGCGAGUCGUUUCUUACAACUCUGUUGGCAGCAGCGCCUCAGAAUGGAUCGGUUUCACUACAGAAAAGGAACCACCUCGGUACACAGCUCCGUUUUCCGUUGUCAGCAAUUUAUCCACCAUCCACAUAGACUGGAGUCGCACUUUUGUGCUGAAUGGCCGCCUGAAGGAGUACGCGUUAACUGAGAGCGGGCAACGCAUCUACAGUGGCUUUGACACUGAGCUGUAUUUACCAAGGACCUCUGACAAAACCUUUUUGUUUCAAGUGACCUGCAUCACUGAUGAAGGGAGUGCCAUAACACCAGUCAUCAAGUACAGCACUGGAGAUGGAGUUGGUCUGAUCUUGACAACACCUGGAGAGAAGGACAAAGCGGAGUCCAAACGUGCAAAAUUCUACAACGAGCUGUGGUUUGCAGUGUUGAUGGUAGUUCUAGGUUUGAUCCUCUUGGCUAUUCUUCUCUCUUUAAUUCUUCAAAGGAAAGUCCACAAGCAACCCUAUGCACGAGACAGACCUCCUUUAGUUCCACUCCAGAAAAGAACAUCACCAAUGAGUGUGUAUUCAUCAGGUGAAACCCAUCCGGGGCUGGCAGAUACAAAAAUUCCAGGAGCUGGUUCUCCCAUGAACAACCGCUGUGUCCGUAUCACAUCUGGGAUGAGAAGACCAAGUCACAGCCAGCUGAAUCACACAUAUUCCCAAGCCUCUCUCCAUCGUAGUGUCAGCCAGCUGCUCGACCUGUACGACAAAAAAUCUCUUGUUGAAGAAUCACCUUGGGAUGCCAUUAUGCGCAAUCAUCGCACUACUGGUCGUGGCUUGUAUGUAGAUGAAGAUGAUCUUGUCAAUGUCAUCAAAGGCUUCAGCACAGUCACCAAGGAGCACACCACAUUCACAGACACCCACCUCUGAAGAACACAACCACCUUCUCGAGAAAAUGGAAAGUGGGUAACUUGCCAAAAGCAGCCUGCAUGGCCUUUGGGGAAGGGAGCAGGGCUGCUGUUUCCCCACCCCAUGUCCACUAGUUCAAAGAUAAAACUGUUUAUUGGGAGGGGAGGGGGGUGGGGUGUAAUUUGGCCUUUUUUUUUUCUCCAUCAUCUCUUUAACUGUAUGGUAAAAAAAUGUGUGUUAGCACUCACACCUCAGAAAGGUUAAGAGAAUAGUUUGAAAAUCCCUAAGUCACAAAGCAGUAUGAGUAGUACGAGAGGUUCUCACCUUUGUCUCUCAUCCAACUUUCACAGUUAAGAAGGGUUGUGGGGGCAGGAUGGGGGCAGCAUGUUUGGCAAGGAAGUUUUUUUACCUAUCAAAAAAAUGUGGUUAAAAGGGGUCCUUGUGGCAGGAGAGCCAUGUCUUUUCCUAGCUUGAGAAAGCUCCGCCACACAAUUGUGUUCAUGCACAAGUGAAUAAACAGCAAAUGAAGGAAUUAUUACAGAGUUGCUUUAA